ACAUCUAAUAUGUGUUCUUGUCAUCUUCCAGAAACCCCCAUCAAAAGGCAUGGAUUGGGGAUCUCUUUAUGAAGUGAUUGGAGGAGUUAACAAACAUUCCACAAGUAUUGGCAAGAUAUGGCUCUCUGUUCUCUUUAUAUUCCGCAUUAUGAUACUGGUGGUGGCUGCUGAAAGUGUUUGGGGAGAUGAACAAUCUGAUUUCACCUGCAACACCUUACAGCCUGGCUGCAAAAAUGUCUGCUAUGACCAUCACUUCCCAGUCUCUCACAUCAGGCUCUGGUGCCUUCAGCUUAUUUUCGUUGCCACGCCAGCCCUUUUAGUAGCAAUGCAUGUGGCUUAUAUUAAACAUGAAGAGAAAAGGAAGCUGCAAAGGAAAGGAAACUGUCAGGAAAAAGACCUGGAAGAUAUAAAGAAUAGAAAAAUGAGGAUAGUUGGAACCCUGUGGUGGACCUACACCACAAGCAUUCUCUUCAGAAUCCUUUUUGAAGCUACUUUUAUGUAUUUAUUCUACUUUUUGUACACUGGAUUCCAUAUGCAGCGUCUUGUGAAGUGUGACAACUGGCCUUGUCCCAAUGUGGUUGACUGUUUUAUUUCCAGGCCCACCGAAAAGACUGUAUUUACUAUCUUCAUGAUCAUAGUGUCUGGUAUCUGCAUGGUUCUGAAUGUUGCGGAAUUGUGCUAUCUGAUCAUCCAGGCAUUUAUGAGAAGAUCAAGGAAAAGGGCAAAGCAAUUGAGAGCCAUCAUGGGAACUGAAGAAGAGCAAAAUAAAAUAAAUGACAAGAAAUUGGCUCACGCAGAAUAAAUUUGGUACCGUGGCUGCCAUUCACCAAACUACAAUAUUCUUCCAAGAAUGUAUUUUCUUUUAAUUUAUAUAGUGUUGAUUACACAGAAGGCACAUUAACGACUGAAAUGUGUAACCCUUCUGUGCCAUGCUACUUUAGAAUAAGAUGAGCUUGAUACCAUUUGAGAGGUUCUAUAGGAAGCAGUAGGGUGUUUGAGAUGUUCUCAAGAGUUUUCUCAAGAGGAAUUAUACACUGUAAAAGUAUUUGGGGAACUUUUUAUAAAAUUUGUAGUGGGACUUACUUGACUGAGGUUUUUUUAUGAGUUGUUAUGUUUUAUUAUUUAUGUUCAAGAAGAUGUUUUAGUAGGGAAAUGAAUUAUUAAAACUUGUAAUUAAAAAUGUAGUGAUAUUAUUUGAAUAAAAACACUGCCACUUUUAGUAUGGGUGGAACUGAGAAAUGUGCAAUUAAAUGGAUAGGGGUUGAAUAUGAGGUGUAUGAAGUUACAUGAAGUAUUCACAAUGUCUUCCUAAGAUUACGUUAUGAGAGAAAUUUGCUUGGAGAUGAACAAUGUGCUGAUGAACAAGCUCACAAGAAAUGCAUACAUGUCAAGUUAUUGUUUCAUUUGAAGAGGAAGACAGAUAUUUUCCCCUACGGGGGCUGGAAAAAUGUUCUGAUGGACAAACAAAUUUAUUGUAUUGACUUAAGGAAGUAUAUGUCUUCAUGGACAAAGGCUAUGGCUGGCCAGAUAAGAAUGGUCAUGUGUUGAGAAAAUUUGACCUUUUCAGAUUUGGGACAAAUAUGUUUAUAGGCAAAGACUCAGGCUGCUUAUCUGCCAGCCGUUGUAGCCGUCUGCCAAACCCAGAGCUUUCAGAUCAAACUUGGGAAGUUUUCACGUGCAAAGUUUUUAAUCUCCAACGUUCCAUGUAUGAUCAAAUCUAUGACUAAGUGGAAGCUCUCACAUUUGUCAGAGAUAAUUAUAGAUGUUUUCAAAUAAAACCACAGGAAAUAACAAAUACUAGCCAAAGCAUGCAAAAGCCUCCAUAUAAUAAAAUUUUAAAAAUGAAUCGGCACUGUUAGAAAAAUUUCCAAGUAAUGUAUCUACAGAAGUCACCAUUAAAAUCUAUGUCCUCGAUUUUUAAUUGUUGGGUAAACUUUUCGAAGGAUUUAAUAUUUUUUGGAUAAA